UCCACUCUCACAACGAUUUCCUCCUGGCCAUUCUCACCCGCUGCCAGAUCCUGGUUUCUGCUCCAGAAGGUGCUGGAUCUCUGCCGUGGCCAGGUGGCUCUGCAACUAAACCUGGAAAACCCAAAGGAAAGAAAAAGAUUUCUUCAGUUCGACAGAAGUUUGAUCACCGGUUCCAGCCUCAGAAUCCGCUGUCUGGAGCCCAGCAGUUUGUGGCAAAGGAUCCUCAGGAGGAUGAUGAUUUGAAGCUGUGUUCUCAUACCAUGAUGCUUCCUACACGUGGCCAGUUAGAAGGAAGGAUGAUUGUAACGGCGUAUGAGCACGGGCUGGACAACGUCACAGAGGAGGCAGUGACCGCAGUUGUUUAUGCUGUGGAGAACCAUCUUAAGGAUAUUCUGACAUCUGUGAUAUCCAGGCGGAAAGCCUAUCGCCUGAGAGAUGGCCAUUUCAAGUACGCCUUCGGAAGCAACGUCAACCCUCAGCCGUAUCUGAAGAACAGUGUUGUCGCUUAUAACAAUUUAAUUGAGUGCCCUCCAACCUGUGUGACACCUUCUGCUGGUCAGAGUUUAGCUCCCCAGCCCCCACCUGACGAUGCUGAGCAGCAGGCAGCCCUACUCCUCGCGUGCUCUGGAGACACCCUACCAGCAUCCCUCCCGCCAGUGAACAUGUAUGACCUCUUUGAGGCAUUGCAGGUGCACAAAGAAGUUAUUCCUGCACACACUGUCUACGCUCUGAACAUUGAGAGAAUUGUCAUGAAACUCUGGCAUCCAAACCACGAGGAGCUCCAGCAGGAUAAAAUCCAUCGCCAGCGCCUGGCAGCAAAGGAGGGCCUGCUGCUCUGCUAGAGCUAGGCAGCCGUGCCAGGCCUCGGGUGACUCCUUGGACUUCACAGUCAGAUGCUUCUUAUAAACCUGUGUCAGCAUUUCAAGGAUGAUGUAAGUUAUGAGUCAGCUUUUCCUAUGGAAAUAUGACUGAGUUGUGGUACACUUUCUCUGCUUCCUCAGAGUCAUGUGCCAUGGAGUGCUUGCAGCAACCCCACUGAAUUGGAAAGGAGAAACAAGAUAUUUGUUUGCAAAGACUGGUUUGUUU